AUGCGGAUUUUGGACAGGAGGUCUAUCAUUGGACUAUACUUUUUUGAAAAUGAUGCUGAUCAAGCAGCAACUAUUAAUGACGAUGCUACACGCCAUAGAACCAAUGAAACAAUUCAAUUAUUAUAUGAGACAUUUCCUGAUCGUGUACUCUCUCGUUUUGGUGAUCAGAAUUGGUCUCUUAGAUCGUGUGAUUUAAUACCAUUAGAUUUCUUCUUAUGGGGUUAUUUGAAGUCGAAGAUCUAUGUCAACAAUUCCACAACCACAUGUGCAUUACAAGAGGAAAUUAAACGCUGCAUCAACGAAAUUCAGCCACAAUUAUGCAGAAAGGUCAUGAAAAAUUUGGACGAAAAGGAUCUCCACUCUUUCAUCAUGAUGCUUCACGCGGAACACGAAUGCGAAAUAGCCGAAGAGGAAAAUGACAUACUGUUUCUUCCCGGUAGAGGUAUAUUUCAAAGAGUGAGAGACAUUUUACGUCUCUCAUUGUUACCCUCACGGAAGAAUCCAGCCGCUUUUUAUUUUUUGCGAAGCAGUGCUGCCAUAGUUCAGGAAAAACGUCGUCAAUGGCGAAGUUAUCCGAAUGUCAUUCAUCCAUUUAGCUUAUUCAGGUACACAAUACAAGCCAACAAUAUAAGAUACAAUGUUAUCAUCAUCAUGCACAUUUGGGACAUAUCGAUGAUAAUCAUAAUAUCCCUUGUACUGAUCAUCAUCCCCUAUCAGGCUUCCAUUGGAAUAAGGGAAAAGAAAACGGCUUCGGUCGUUAUUAAGAACAUUCUGUUGUUAAUCUGUUGCUGCGACAUAAUAGUGAAUCUUAGAACAGGGUAUUUCGACAAAGACGUGCAUUCGACGGAGUUGAAUCCAAGGAAGAUAGUCGACAAUUAUCUAAAGCAUGGCACAUUUAUCGUGGAUUUCAUCGGAUCCUUUCCAACCGAUAUCUUGUAUUUAGCCGCGCUAGAGUUAUCAGUAGCCCGGAAAUGGACAUCCCUGUUAUGCAUCUUCCGCGUUUUCUCCCUCGCCAAUUACAUCGAGAAGAUAACCUCCCUCUACAGCAUACCGUUGAUCGUCAAAAUGUUGUUCGUGUUAACGUUCUGGCUCCUGCUGUUCUUCCACUGGCAAACUUGCGUCCAAUGGUUGAUACCGUUAAUAAGUAAAUCGCUGUACGAUCUGGAACGUCCCGUCAACACGUCGUGGAUCGAGGUGGCGAAGUUGUGGGACGUAUCGAGGAGCGAGCAAUACCUGCGCAGUUUAAAGCGUGCCAUAAGCACCUUCAUGAGAGUCGGCCUGAUUUACGUCCACCUGGAUAACGCGGGUGAAGUCUAUCUGGUCAUAUUGAUCCGUAUAUUGGGCAUGAUCGUCCCCUGGUUCAUAGUCACGUGCGUGUUGAACUUCCUCAAGGGGGAGUACAGUUGCCGUUUGAGGUACCAGUCGACCGUUGCCCAAUUGAAACACUUCAUGAGGCACAAGCAAUUGCCGUAUCCAACCCAGAAACGGAUCAUCCAGUACUACGAGUUCCGUUUCCAAUAUCGAUUCUUCCGCGAGUCCGAGAUUAUAAACACGAUAUCGACCCAGAUGCGUUACGAGAUAAGGAUGCACACGUGCCGGAAACUGGUCGAGAACGUGACGUUCUUCAACAAUUUGCCGUUGACGUUGCUCGGCCAGAUCGUCGCCCUGUUGAAGUUCGAGAUAUACUUGACCAACGACGUGAUCGUGAGGGUUAAUCAGCCGGGCGAUUGCAUGUACUUCAUAGCCUCGGGCACGGUGGGCAUCUACACGGACUCGGGCAAGGAGGUGUGCCAUUUGGACGACGGGGCUCACUUCGGCGAGGUCGCCCUCGUCAUGCCCAACGAGCUGAGGGUCGCAAGCGUGAUCGCUGUCGAGAUAUGCGAGUUGUACCGGUUGAAUCGCGCCGAUUUCAUGAGGACCAUACAUCCCUACCCUAUGCUGUGGGAGAGGAUCAAGAAGAUCGCGAUCGAGAGGCACGAGAAAACGAUGAUACUCACUAAAUAG